AUGGAUAUACUUUUAUCUUUAACCGAAGAAGAGCUAGCUUCAGAAGCGAAUCACAUCGCACAAAAGCUGGAAAGUGUCGAACAGAAGCUCUCUCGUUUGGAAUCCCAGCGGGCCAAAUUAUUGGAAUUGAAAGAAACCAUCGAGCACGUGCGCGUCCGCAAGGAAUCGCAAAAAAUCUCACUGCAGGAUUGGGAAAAGGAAGACUUUGGCUGGUCGGCAAGCGUUCGGAAGGUUCUAAAGGAGGUUUUUCACUUGAACGAUUUCCGAGCACAGCAGCUACAAACAAUCAAUGCGCUCCUCUCCGGACACGAUGUACUACUGCUGGCACCUACCGGGGGUGGUAAAAGCCUGUGCUACCAGUUACCGGCUCUCGUUACCGAUGGACUGACCGUGGUGAUCUCGCCAUUGAUUUCCUUGAUGGAAGAUCAAAUCUGGUCUCUCCAGAAGCUAAACAUUUCAGCAAACCUGCUGUGCAGUUCCACCGAAAGGUCUGAAGUUAGUCGAGUGCUAAAAGAUUUUAGCAGUGCAUCGAAACCUAGUCUCAAGUUACUCUACGUGACACCGGAGCGGAUGGCAAAGAGCAAACGGUUCAUGUCGGCCCUCCAAAAGUGCUAUAAGUUUGGCCAUCUUGACCGGUUCGCGAUCGAUGAAGUACACUGCUGUUCACAAUGGGGUCACGACUUUCGAUCAGACUACAAGUACCUCGGAGUGCUGAAAGAGUUGUUCCCAAAGGUGCCCCUACUUGGCGUGACGGCAACGGCAACAGCAAAGGUUACGGAAGAUGUGCAGAAAAUGUUGCGCAUCCAGAACUCGAUUAUGUUUGUGGCCACCUUCAAUCGCCCGAAUCUGUACUAUCACGUUCUGGAGAAACCGUCUAGCAAGAUGGUGCAGUACGAACUGUUGGCCAGCUUGCUGCUGAAGCGUUUCCGUAAGCAAAGCGGUAUCGUGUAUACAUUUUCUAUAAAGGAUGCUGAGGAUAUCAGCAGUGAACUUAACGAGCGUGGCCUCAAGGUGGCAGCAUACCACGCCAAUUUGCAGUGUGCCACGCGAACACAAAUCCAUCACCUGUGGGUCACGAACAGAUUGCAGGCGGUGGUUGCGACGGUCGCAUUCGGAAUGGGCAUCGAUAAGCCGGACGUGCGGUUCGUGAUCCAUCACACGCUGAGCAAGAGUAUGGAUAACUUUUACCAGGAGACUGGCCGCGCCGGACGGGAUGGACAGCGGGCGGAAUGCAUUCUGCUGUACCACUUUGCCGACAUGUUCCGCAUCUCCACGAUGAUGUUUGAGGAGUACACUGGGUUGAAGAAUGCGUACUCGAUGGUGGAAUACUGCAUCAACACGAGCGAGUGCCGGCGAAAACUUAUUGGCCAACAUUUCUCCGCAGUGUGGGGACCGAGUGACUGCAACGAAAUGUGCGACCGGUGUGCCAAUCGCGAUACGGCUGUUCCGCGGGAGAUUGACGCACUGCCGUAUCUGAAGGAGCUGUGCAAGAUUAUCGACCGCUCCGAGCAGUACCAAACGAAGAUAACUCCCCUGAAGUUGGUUGACGCGUGGUUGCACAAAGGACCGGUGAAACUUCGUCUGGACACACCGGCUCCGUUCAUUAGUCGUGGUGUGGCGGAGCAGAUCGUAGCAUUUCUGAUAUUGCACGACUAUCUAAAGGAGGACUUUGUUUACACACCGUACUCAACACUUAGCUACAUCACGAGAGGCAACAAAAAGCUACCACCCAGUACUGAACAGUUGCCAGUUCGUCCCGAUGGUGAAUAA